ACAUGCUGCUCAAUAAACGGUCACACUGCUGUUAGUCCUAAUUGUUUACUUGUAAGCAAACUCUUUAUUUGCUCGUAUUUAUAAUCAGAAAUUUGACAGAAUUGGACGGAUUGAUUAAAACUCCAAUUACGUUCUUCGCCUCGAUAUUGAUCAUUUGUCGCCAUAGCUCAAAACUUAAUAGUUUUAACUUAAGAAAUAACUAGUUACACAUACGUUACCAUAGGGAAAAUGAAGCGAGUUGCAGUUGCAAAAGAAUCAAAUCAAAAAACAUUGUCCUCCAAGAAGAUCAAAAAUGAGUUCUUCAAGGCAAGUACCGAAGAAAAAAUAAAGAUGUUGAGGGAUAAAAUGGAUCUGGUUCUUCAUAACCAAAAGAAAAUGAUAUUGGUUUUGCGCCAACUGACGACGGCUCAGCCAACUAAUUCUCCAGGACCUCAAAUACUUGCUAUCAGUAGCAUGAUUUCUGCACCGGGAGGCUGGUCACCUCAACUAUUCCCACUAAAGAACUUGGAACAAAUAGAGACGAUGGAGGAGGAAAUGAAUGAUCCCAUUAAAGCAUCGAUUUAUAUCCAAACCAUGCAAAACAUUUUGAAACCCGGCGGUUCAUCUCGUCCUGGAGGCCUCAAAAAACAAUUUCAUCUUAUACUCGCCAUAGACUUUUUGGUUGACUUCAAUUUUGAUGGCAUCCACAAUAAAAUACCUCUGAAGAAGUUUGGAAAUUUCAAUAAUGCUUUGUUUGAAGCUCAAAAGCAGGAAGGAUAUUUUAGAGAUGACUACAUCGCUGAAAUCAGACUGGCGUUCCGAGUUUACAAAAAUCGCAGGCAUAAAAGUGUAUCAGAUGCUCGAAAAAAAAUUAAAGAAACCAAAGCCCGAGUUAAAAUUGGAAGAGUUUUUGUAUCCAGAAUGAAAUAAGGUUACCGAUAACUAUUUAUACAAGCGAAUUGAUCGGUAAAAGGGUUGUGUGCAAAUAAACAAAUUUGUAAACAA